GGUGCGCGGGCGGCGCGCAGGGACCGCUGGGAGCGGGGCGGGCGCUCGCGUCCCUCCUUCCAUCCCCGACUGUGCGCCGCGGCUGGCUCGGGUUCCCGGGCCGACAUGGGCGCCGCCGCGUGGGCACGGCCGCUGAGUGUGUCUUUCCUGCUGCUGCUUCUGCCGCUCCCGGGGAUGCCCGCGGGCUCCUGGGACCCGGCCGGUUACCUGCUCUACUGUCCCUGCAUGGGGCGCUUUGGGAACCAGGCCGAUCACUUCUUGGGCUCUCUGGCAUUUGCAAAGCUGCUAAACCGUACCUUGGCUGUCCCUCCUUGGAUUGAGUACCAGCAUCACAAGCCUCCUUUCACCAACCUCCAUGUGUCCUACCAGAAGUACUUCAAGCUGGAGCCCCUCCAGGCUUACCAUCGGGUCAUCAGCUUGGAGGAUUUCAUGGAGAAGCUGGCACCCACCCACUGGCCCCCUGAAAAGCGGGUGGCAUACUGCUUUGAGGUGGCAGCCCAGCGAAGCCCAGAUAAGAAGACGUGCCCCAUGAAGGAAGGAAACCCCUUUGGCCCAUUCUGGGAUCAGUUUCAUGUGAGUUUCAACAAGUCGGAGCUUUUUACAGGCAUUUCCUUCAGUGCUUCCUACAGAGAACAAUGGAGCCAGAGAUUUUCUCCAAAGGAACAUCCGGUGCUUGCCCUGCCAGGAGCCCCGGCCCAGUUCCCCGUCCUGGAGGAACACAGGCCACUACAGAAGUACAUGGUAUGGUCAGACGAAAUGGUGAAGAUGGGAGAGGCCCAGAUUCAUGCCCACCUUGUCCGGCCCUAUGUGGGCAUUCAUCUGCGCAUUGGCUCUGACUGGAAGAACGCCUGUGCCAUGCUGAAGGACGGGACCGCAGGCUCGCACUUCAUGGCCUCUCCGCAGUGUGUGGGCUACAGCCGCAGCACAGCGGCCCCCCUCACAAUGACUAUGUGCCUGCCUGACCUGAAGGAGAUCCAGAGGGCCGUGAAGCUCUGGGUGAGGUCGCUGGAUGCCCAGUCGGUCUACAUUGCUACUGAUUCCGAGAGUUAUGUGCCUGAGCUCCAACAGCUCUUCAAAGGGAAGGUGAAGGUGGUGAGCCUGAAGCCUGAGGUGGCCCAGGUCGACCUGUACAUCCUCGGCCAAGCCGACCACUUUAUUGGCAACUGUGUCUCCUCCUUCACUGCCUUUGUGAAGCGGGAGCGGGACCUCCAGGGGAGGCCGUCUUCUUUCUUCGGCAUGGACAGGCCCCCUAAGCUGCGGGACGAGUUCUGAUUCUGGCCAGAGCACCAGACCCUCUGAUCAUGUAGGGACCAGAGUCUGAGCUGGUCCUUCCAGCCAGGCCUGGCAGCCAGAGGUGCUCCGGGAUUGCAAACUCCUCUCCUCACCUGCCAAAGAUGGAGAAGAGUGCCAGGGACCCCUGGAGGAGGGAGACGUUCCAUAUCCCAGGGCAUAGGACUUGCAGCUUCCUAGGAGCAGGAGCAUCUCCCAUCGCACGUGCUUUCUGCUCUUCUGGGAAUUUCUCACACUGGCAAAGCAGUCCAGCCUCCGUCUUCUGGUCCACUCUGCUCUGAGCAGCCUGGGAUGCUGAACUCUUCAGAGAGAUUUUUUUAUAGAGAGAUUUCUAUAAUUUUGAUACAAGGUCAUGACUAUCCUAGAACUCUCUGUGGUUUUUGAAAAUCAGUGAAUUCUAUUAACGUAGGUACCUAAAGUGACCUUAACUGAAUGUGGAUGAGGCUGGGGCUGGUGUGAGUCUUUUGGCUGCUUUUCAAGGUGUCCCCCAAUGUGGCCCUCAAGAGCCAUCCCCACUGCCUGGCCAGAGCCAUUGUUGUCCCCCACUUCCUAGGCCAUUUCUGGGGCUUGGGGGAUGAAUGCUGUCCUGUGUUGUAAACACUAUGCAAAUGGAAAUUAUCGGUUGUGGUGCUGUGCAGCGCUCUGUGGGCGACUAAGUGCCACUCACACAGCACGUUCCUGGCAAGGAGCACAUACCAUCAAGCCACACUAUCAUGGUAUUGUUCUCACAGUCUUUUGGUGGUUGAUGGCCACUGCAAACCUGGCACCAUCAGAUCUCUUCUGAUCUCUUGCCCCAGUGGGGCCUGGUUGGUAGAAUGUUGGCAUGAGGUUGAUAUCCAAAGCAUGUUCUCCCAGCCGUCCUCCUGCAGCUGGAGCCUUCAGGCCGUAUUCUCACGAGGGAACGUUUGCCAAGGCUCUGACCUCACAGAAGAUGCCCAGGGCCCAGAAGCCAUCAGAAUUAUCAGUGGAGAAGCACCUUUUGACUCUUCCCUUCCGAUGUAAUAUCUGCCAACACCAUGAGGCUUAAGGUGCUCCAAGUCAUGAGUGUUUUGGUCUCAAAUGCUGCAGUUUUAAUCUAUGACUCCUGAGAGCCCAUGGUUUUUUGACCUUGUGGUUCUAAAAUUCCUUGUCUGACCCCUGUAGAUCUUUUCCUUGCCAUGUCACCUCCCUUGGCCUUUGAUCCUGGAAAGGUGGCAGAGCCUCCACUGAGCCAGGCCCAGAGCUCCUUGCAGUGCCUUCUCCCUUGUUUACCUGUGGGAGGAAACACUUUUUUUGUCAGGGGCAGCCUGGGUCAGAGCUCAGAGGUCACACUGUAUCAAAGAUCUCAAAUAGCAAAGUCAGCAUUUGCUGUAUAGAGCUGCCACCCAACUCUAAGCAGGAGAAACUGUACAGAAAGGGCUUUGCUAUUUUUCCCUUUUGGGAAAACAAUGAAGUGUUUUAAGUCCUGGGUGGACUGAGAGAUGGUUUGCCUGUCCAGACUUGCUCUCAAGCCUCAUCCAGAGAAGGAGCUGCAGAUGAGGGAGCCCGUACACUCCCUGCCGCCACUAGGUUGUAAGCCUGUAGCUGGCUGGCUGAUUUCAUUUUGGAAUUCAUUUGCCAUCCACAGCCUUACACUAGGCACACACUUUAGAGUCUGGGGCUCCAGUGGGGCCCGCCUAAUUUUUUGUCCCCCAAGACAGGGCCUUGCUCUGUCUCCCAGGCUGGAGUGCAGUGGCAUGAUCAUGGCUUACUGCAGCCUUGAUCUCCCAGGCUCAAGCGAUCCUUCUGCCUCAGCCUCUCUGGUAGCUGAGACCGCAUGCCCAGCUCCAAAUCACCUUGAUUCAUAUCAGCCGUAAUAAUCACUUGUGUUCUGAAAGAAAGGGCACCAGAAGUUCUAGCAGAAUUCAGUUGUGUUCUGUGAGCUAGCACUUUUUCCUCUGACCCAGUUUUCUUACCUAUAAAAUGGUGAUAAAAACCGACAGGUUGUUCAAAGGCCCAGAUCAGCUAAAGCAUGUAUAUAAGAGCACGUAAACUUGAAAGAGACAAAGGCACAAAUGUGGCUGUCGAUUAAUUUGACUGCUUCUCGUUGCUCGUCACCUCCAUGCCAGGCACUGUGCUUGCUAAUUGCUUUAUGGGCAUUCUCUUAUUUAUUCCCCAGCCCUGGGAAAUAGGAGCUGUCAUUAUCCUUCUCUUUCUGCACAAGGAAAAAUUAAUGCCCUGAGAAUUAUCAUAAUUUUCCCAAGGCUGCCCAGCUGGUGGUGUUAAGCCAGAAUUUGACCUCCCAGAGCCAGUUUCCAUUAGCUGCCAUGCUCUGCUGCCUCUAAUUCACAGAAUGCACUUUCUACCCUGUGUGCCAUGGAGGCCUCCUAUGGAAAAAUGAUCAGCCACCUUACCUUCUACUGGGUACCUGCUGUGAGUCUGCCUAUGCCAGAAGGAUUAAGGAGGGGAGGUUACCCAAGAAACAAAGCCUACAUGCCGCUUACAGCCCCCAUUGGAUGGUUACUCAGUACAAGUCUUUCAUUCAGCAGGUGUUUGUUCAUCACCUACUAUGUGUCAGGCUCUAUGCUAGGUACUGGGGAUACAGGAGAGAAUCAAGCAUAAAGUCUUUGUUCUCAAGGAAUUUGCAUUCUAGAAAGUAGAAGAUGUAAUAAAUGUACUGUGGGACGUGUUAAUAAGUGCUAUAAAGAAAUAUAAAGGGUUUGGGAGCAAAAAGAGGGAGUGGAUCUAUUUUAGAUAAGGAGCCCAGGUAAGACCUCUCUGAAGAGCUGUCAUGAAGGAGGGAGGGAGCACAUUCCUGGCAGAGAAAACAGCACGUGCAAAGGCCCCGAGACUGGAAUGUGUGCCUGAAGAGCAGCCAGGAGGCCAGCAUGGCUGGAGAGGCAGGCAUAAGCAGGGAACUGAGCAGCAGGUCAGAGCAGGCGAGCUGACAUUCUGCAGCCUGGACGGCCAUGGCAGGAAGCUUAGUUGGAGAGAUACAGGAAGCCGCCUAGGGAUCUGAGCAGAAGAGGGGCAUGAGCUGAUUCACAUUCUGAAAGACCUCUCUAGCUGGCCAGUGCUGAGGAGGUUGGAGAGAGAAAGGGUGAAAGCAGAGAGACCAGUGCAGGGCUGUUAACAGGGCUGCAGGCAAGAGACUGGGGUGCUGGGCUCCCCUAGACUAGGACUCCAGUGCCCUUCUCUCCCAAGAGACAAAGGCCAUUGCAUUGAAGGAGGUGGGAAAUGAUUAGAUUCUGAACAUACGUAAUUAUUUUUCAGUCUUUUUCAAAGAUACAAAUAUUUACAUAGUUUUAAUCAUGUAAUAUAUAUAAUUUAAUGUCCUAGUGUUUUACUUAAUAGUGUAUCAUGUUUUCCCUGUUGGUAUGUAGCCUGGAUAAAUGCUCUUAAUUAUAAAAAAUUCUGCCGAGGAGUGUUCCAUAGUUUAUUGUUUUCCUAUUUUGAGAAUUUAGGCCAAGUGUGGUGACUCAUGCCUGUAAUCCCAGCACUUUGGGAGGCCGAGGUGGGCAGAUCACUUAAGGUGAGGAGUUCAAGACCAGCCUGGCCAACAUGGUGAAUUAUCUCUACUAAAAAUACAAAAAAAUAAUAAUAAUAGCCAGGCGUGGUGGCACAUGCCUGUAUUCCCAGCUACUUGGGAGGCUGAGGCAGGAGAAUGGCUUGAACCUGGGAGGUGGAGGUUGCAGUGAGCCGAGAUGGUGCCACUGCAUUCCAGCCUGGGCAACAGAGCGAGACUCCAUCUCAAAAAAAAGGAGACUUCAUGUGCCCCCAAUUUUUCACUAUUGUUAUUUGAAAAAAUAUUUUUAUUUGUAAGAGUUUUUCUUUAUUUAAAAUGUUCAUUAAUAAAGUUGUUGGACAGGAAGCAAAAAAAAAAAGUUGAUUAAGAUAAAUUCCCAGAAGUGAAUUUGUUGGAUCAAACACUUAAAACUUUUUGUUAUGGAAGAAUUCAAAUAUAAAUAAAAAAUUGUAAUAAAAUGAACUCACAGUUUCAACAAUGA